AUGACACCUCCGACCCCAUUUCUGAUGAACUAUUGUCAGACAAUUCAGUUACUAGCAUCUAUCGUACUACUCGCCAAAAUCAUUGCGAUUAUCAAGCGACCAUACUUGACCCCUUUGCGCAAACUGCCAGGACCAUGGUAUGCAAAAUGGACUCACUACUGGUUCAAGUGGAACGUCGUUUCUGGGAAACGCGCGCAGUAUAUUGAUAGUUUACACCAGACUUAUGGUCACUGCGUCCGUAUCUCCCCCAACGAAGUCUCAUUCUCUGAUGUCAACUCACACCGGACUUUACACUCCAUCGGUUCUCAAUUCCUCAGAACAGAGUGGUACAAAACUUUCACCAAUAGUGAAGGCAAACACGACUCACCUGGAUUGUUUGCGAUGACAGAUCCCAGAGAGCAUGGGAACAGAAAGAGAUUAUUCUCUCAACAGCUCAGCAAUAGCUCAAUCAUGUCCAAGGAAACGCUGAUCAGAGCAAAGAUCACCAUGGCAGUGGACAAAUUUUCUCGAGAUGCUCAUGUCAAUGGGUUUGCGGAUAUCAUGAAGUGGUGGACAUUCUUGGCCACGGAUGUGAUUGCAGAACUAAGUUUUGGCGAAUCAUUUGGACUUUUGGAGACUGGAGAGAAAACUGGCUACGUCCGCGACUUGGAAACUACUAUGAUGAUCACUGGUAUUCAGUCUGAAACGAUGCCAGCCUUCAAUCUAAUUCAGUAUCUCCUCAUCAAGAAACUCCAAGUUGCUCUUGGUACUCGAUCUCGACUCAACGAGUACGGCCUUGUCGCAAUUCAGAACCAUAGAGAAUUCAUCAUGAAAAACCCCGAAGCCUCCAACUGUCUCUUCUCUCGAUUCUUGGACCCGACAAAAAACAAACAGGAGCUAAGUGACUACCAGCUUGCACAGGAAGCAGGAAACCUUAUUGUUGCUGGCAGCGAUACCACCUCAGUCAGACUGACCUUUCUCAUGGAGGUGCGCGACAAACUCAUGGAUGAAAUCUCAUCUGUUCCCAUAGAGGCCCCUGCCAAAGAUAUUAUGAUACUACGAUAUUUGAAAAAAGUGAUUGAAGAGUCACUGCGAAUCUAUGGUGGAGGCCCUAGUUUACCCCGUAUGGUACCCUCUUCGGGGGCCAUACUAGCUGGUUUUAACCCUGACCGAUGGGAUGCCCCAACCCCGGAAACGAAGGACGCAUAUUCACCCUUCCUCACAGGACCUCGAACCUGUCUUGGUAUGCACCUUGCGAUCUUUGAGAUCACCUGUGGCAUUUUCCACUUUCUUAAGAAAUGCCCCACGGCGCUGAUUGCGGAAUCGACCACCGAUGAAAGUAUGGAGUUUGAGAACUAUUUUAUUAUGGUUCCUAAAGGCCAUGCUCUGUACCCGAGGCUAGAUUGA